GACAAGGGAACGUUAUUAAACGUAAAAAAUGCUUCAAUUGAACAGUUUAAAAAGGAAAGAAAUAAAACCAAUGUCCUGUUUACAAAAUUAAGAGAAGCAACUCGGGGGUUUUUGGCGAAGGAUAGAAAGACGAUUGUAAGAAGUGUAUCGGAGCACAUUGGAUCUAAAACAAUACAAAGGGAGCUUAAAGGAUCACAAGUUACAACAAAACCUAUAGUUGGUUAUUGGUUACUCGGAACAGCAGGGCUGGUGUUUGGAAUUGUAGUUUUAGGUGGUUUGACCAGACUGACUGAAAGUGGACUUUCGAUAGUUGAAUGGAAACCAAUAACUGGUGUGCUCCCUCCUUUAACUAAAAAUCAAUGGGAAGAAGAUUUUGAAAAAUAUAAACAAUUUCCAGAAUACAAAUUGUUGAAUAAUCAAAUGACAUUACCUGAUUUUAAAUAUAUUUAUUAUAUGGAGUGGGGUCAUCGUAUAUGGGGUCGUGUAAUUGGCUUGGCUUUUCUUUUACCGGCAACAUAUUUUGGAAUUCGUGGUUAUAUGUCUAAAUCCACAAUCAAAAAAGUUAUAGGUUUAGGUGGACUCCUCGGGUUUCAAGGUUUUUUAGGUUGGUAUAUGGUCAAAUCUGGAUUAUCUGACGAGUUGAUGACAUCGGGAGCCGUCCCUCGUGUAAGCCACUAUAGACUGGCAGCGCAUUUAGGAAGUGCAUUUUUACUUUAUUCUGGAAUGGCCUUAACUGGUUUACAAGUUUUGCGUGAUGCAAAAAUAGCCAGAGGAACUUUUCCUAAGGUUUUAUUUGAUAUUUAA